UCCUUCCAUUCCAGAUCCCAAAAACACCAACGAAAUUCAGCAUUCAAGAAACCACAACGACGAGAUCAAACGGCGAAAGAAAACUCCACAGGUAACCCACAGCCUCUAUAGGUACUCCUGCAUAGGUACGAAGUAAAGACACCAAUUUCCAAAGGUACAAAGUGGGCAAAGAAAAGACACGGUGCACGCAACACUCGGAGUAAAGUGAAAAACGGCGCGCUAACUCCCAAGACUUUCCUCUCACGUUGAUGGAACACUCUUCGCCUACUUGUGUUGUGUUGUGUUGCUGUGAAGGGCACCGUGAGGAGUGUUGCGAGGGGCGCUGUGAGAGGUGCUUCGGGAGGGUCCUUGUGUUGCGCCGGCGUGAAGAAGAGGGCAGAAGUGAGGUCGGGGCGGAGGUCAAAGAGGGUCAAAGUGGCGAACGAGGUCGUGAUUCGAAGUAUGGGGGAAAUUGCGAUCACAGGGGACAUGGGCGGCGUGGACCCUCCCCUGGGCGGCCCCGAGGUGCAGUGUGAGGUGUCCGUUCCGCCGCCCAACCUCACGGGGGACACGCAAACCACCGGGGCAGGGGACGAAGAGGGGUGCGAGAGUCCAAUGUGCGUUGAGGAAGCAGGGACUGACUCCACCCUGCCGCCCCCUGCUACUUGCUCAGGGGGACCGAUGCCAACCCUUCCACCCCCUUCCACUUCCUCAGGGGGGGUCAUACUCGCUCUUCCACCCCCUGCCACUUCCUCAGGGGGGCCCAUACUCGCCUUACCGCCCCCUGACACCACCCCAGGGGACUCCAAACACACCCUACCUUCUCCCCGUGCCAACUUGCCGACCACUGCCGAUCUGCCGCCCCCUUCAACCACGGGGGUGCCGAAACUCACCCCUCCGUCCCCUGCCAGCACCUCAGGGAGACACGGAACCACCCUGUCACUCCCCGUGGACACCCUGGCACCCCCGCGGGACCUACGGAGGAGCUGCAGCGUCACCGCCAGCGCCUUCAAGCCCGUUCUGCAGCGGCCUGACGGAGGGAGCGGAGGAGGUGCGCUGCUCCCACCCCGACGCCGAGUCAAGUCCAGCUGUGAUGCAAUACCCCGACCCCCCACCAACCCCCACCACCUCUACCCAUACCCCCACCACCCCCACCCGUACCUCCCGCACGCCCCACGUCUCCCAAGACACCGCACCGCCCCCCAUGAACUUCACGCCCCUCAGGAUCUGUCCAUGAGGCGCCCCCCCAGCCCGCCCCCCCUGAAGGAGUACCCCAUAGAGCUGCAGAUUCACCUCCGCCAUCAGAAGGGGGGCGCGGGAGGGUCAGUGGGGAUAGGGGGGCGUAUGGAGUGGGUGGAGAUGAGGUGCAGGGAGAGAGGGGAUGGAGAGAAAAGUGGUGGUGGUGGUGGUGGUGGAAGUGGAGGUGGAGGCGAUGGAGCGGUGAAGAAGGAGGAAGAAGAGGACUAUGUGGGUACUGCUCUCUCAGAUGUUCUUCAGCAUCGAAUUAUGGUUGCUGAGACAGUGAAGUCCUGCCCGGUCAACUACCCGGCACUGAUCCCGCUCUCCCCAUCCGUGGCCAGCCUGGGCGGAUACAGCGGCUGCUCCUCCUCGCUCCUGCACUCCAGUUACCCCGCGCCGCAGGUCAUGGACCAGAAGCCGGGCCAGCAGCAGGGCCAGGCCUCUAUGGCUGGCCCUCAGGACACCCCUGUCGGCCUGGGCGCCCCGGGCCUCAACUUGCCCUCCACCCUGGACAUCGCCUCGCUGCGCAAGAAGGACAUCUUCACGCAGCGCAAGCAACGCGAGUUCAUCCCCGACAGUAAGAAGGACGAGUCCUACUGGGAUCGGCGGCGCCGCAACAACGAGGCCGCCAAGCGGUCCCGCGAGAAGAGGCGCUUCAACGACAUGAUCCUCGAACAGCGGGUCAUCGAGUUGUCCAAGGAGAACCACGUGCUCAAGGCUCAACUCACUGCCAUCAAGGACAAGUACGGCAUCCAGGGCGAAGGCCUCGUCAACAUCGACCAGGUCAUCGCUAACAUGCCACAGACGGACCAGAUCCUCGCCAUCAACAAGCGGACCAAAUUCUCUCAGGCACUGCUGUCCUUGGGCAGCCCCCCAUCCGUCACCUCGCUGCUCAGCCCCACCGGCGAGUCCGGCAACAGCAGGGACGGCGCCAGCAGCAGCCAGUCUACGCACUACGCCCACGACGGGCCCGGCUCCCCUCAGCCCUACGGCCACUACCCGCCCCACAGUGGCUCGCAGAUGGACGACCUCCACGACCAUGACCCGUCCGGCUACGGCACAUCCCCUCAGGCCCACCACCAGCAGUACGCCCCCGCUUCCAGCAGCGACCUCUACUACGGCCAGUCCGCGCUCAACCUCUCUGCCCACCCUACCUCGGCCUCACCGCCCUCCUCCCACUCCCCUCCCUCGCCCGCCGCCUCCCGCAUGGACUACUCCCCCAGCGACCCCGAGCUCUGCAGGCGGUCCCCGGAGUGCGGCAUGUCACUGCCCCACAAGCUGCGCCACAAGACGCACCUCGGCGACAAGGACGCCGCCGCCCACUCCCUCCUCGCCCUCCAGGCCAUCAAGUCUGAGCCCGGCGAUCACCAGCAGGACCCCGCCGAGGACUCCGUAGGCUCCUCCGACGAGCGGGACUCCGGCAUCAGCUACUCCUCCACUUCCUCCUCCUGCUCCGACUACCACCGCGGAUCGGACAACCCCUCAGGUUCGCCCUCCAACUGCUCCAUGGUGGACAGCAGCAGCAGCAGAAGUCACCACCAACACCAACAACCGCACCACCAGCAGCACCACCACCAGCAGCAGCACAUGAGCGGCUACCCGCCUCAGCAGCAACACUCAGUGGACCCCGACAACACCUCAGAGUACGAGAACACACACCUCCGCUCGGAGCUGGAGCGGCUGGCGACGGAGGUGGCGACGCUCAAGUACAUGCUGGUCCGCCGGCCACGCUCCGAGGCGGACUCUGACGGUUCCCGCUAAGUCUGUCCGUGUGUGUCGUCCGUGGUGGCUGUGACAUGGGCGUGUGUGCGUGUCCGUGAACGUGUGUGCGCCUGUGUGUGCCUCUGUGUGGGUGUUGGGGGACGGGCGGCCUGACAUUCACGCCCCCGCCCCCAAGGACAAACUCGCCCCAACAACCAGCGUUUUCCUACAUCUGUUCACCUGACUUGUACGUUAAUUAUUAAUAUUAUUAUUGUACCACUUUUAAGAUGACAAUACCCAAUGUAUUUUCUCUUAAAACAACAACACAUAUUUGUACAUACUGUGCCAUUAGAUAUACAUGUUUACAAGCCCUCGUA